CUCUCGUCGUCCUAUUACAGAAAUAAUUUAGUUUGCUCGACAAGAAUAAAAAUGACGAAAUAUUUGGUUUUCUCCCUUCUACUAGCAGUGAUCCUUGUAUCUUUUUCCUCGGCACAAGUUGGUCAUGAAGAUUUCGAAGAGUACGAUCUCACAUGGACCAUCACUGGAGACAAGAUUCGGUUCAGGGCGAGGGUGAAAACAGGUGGGUGGGUGGGAAUUGGUCUCAAUACGAAGCGAGGCAUGGAAGGAGCUGAGCUUAUGAUUUCUGGUGUAACUAAGGCAAAUGAUAUAACUACUCCCACCACUCCCACCACCACUCAAGCAACAACCACUCCCACAACGACUCAAGAAGCGUCCACUCCAACAACUACUCAGGAAUCAACGACCCCCACAACUACUCAAGCAACAACAACAACCAGUCCCACAACGACUCAAGAAUCAACGACUCCAACAACUACUCCAGAAUCAAGCACAACUAGUUCAUCCUCAUCCUCAGCAAUCCACAUUCUUCAAGGAGGGGACCAAGCAUAUGAUUACCGUUACGUCGGAAUUGUUAACGAUAUCGGGGGCGUAUAUCCAGGAAAUGCAUGGAGAUUUUUGACCGGAACUGAGCAACUCGAGCGAGAAGAUGACGCCGACGAUCCCCUAGAAACCUUUACCACGGUUGAGUGGGAACGAGAUCUGACCACGUCGGACCAGUCUGAUAUACAAAUUACUCGAGGACAACCAAUUUAUCUUAUGAUGGCAUAUGGUGUAAAUGAUGUAAUAAAUUAUCACCAACCUCAGCACAGAGAGACUGAGAUUGUUGACCUUUUCAACCCUAAUGCAGCUGGAAGAGUCAACUUUAAUAUUAUAUACAGUUUAACAUCGGUUGUAACAUUGUUGUGGAUUAUGGCGUAAAGUGUUUUGAAUAAGUCUAAUGUGACUUGAAGGAUUUGAUAAUAAAAUGACAUGAAAAUGCAUGAGAUGAUAAAUAUUACGUGUUUGGGUGUACCUUGCAAACAUAAAGAUCUGUAUUUGUGUAGUAUAUCUAGUCUACCAGUAACUCGACGAUCGUUCUUUAGUUAGUUGGUCGUCAUUUAUUCACAUGCUAUUCCUUGAUCAGUGCAAUUUAGUGACUAUAAGUCGCUAUUUUAUGGUAUCCGUACAGUUAAUUAGUGUGUAUUUCUAAUAGUAAGUAGGACCACUCAUUAUUCUAAAUUCCUACUGGGCUUUUGUAAGAUAACUGAGUCCUAGAAGAAAAAGAAAUUAUUCGGUAGUAGUACAUCCUUUGUAAUAAAUACUAUCCAAAGUGUACACACG